AUGAAGGUCCUUGCACUUAUCCUCGUUGCUUCACUUCAGUUCGGAGCCAGCUUUGCAUCAAGAUGCAGUCUGGAAGGUGGUUCUUGCGUUUCCAUUUUCGGUGGAUUCUGCUCCGUUGGGGAACAAUACUCCAGGACAGGAUGUAACGCUGACGAGAUUUGUUGCCAGACAAAGAAGACUCAGCAGACUGAUAAAAGAAUUGGAGUUGUACCUGAAAUCAGACCAAGAAUCCCCACAAGCAACUGUGGAGUUAGCAAGUACAGUGAUGCUGGUUCUUACAAGAGCUACUACGUCGUUGGUGGCCAACAGGCAAGACAAGGAGAGUUCCCUUGGCAGAUAUCUCUUCAAUCCCGUGGUAGUCACAUCUGUGGUGGUAUGGUCAUUGACAACCAAUGGAUCUUAACUGCAGCUCAUUGCGUCAUCGGUGCCAGAGCAAGAAACCUGAAUGUCGUGAUCGGCGAACACAACCGUUAUUCCACUGAUGCCAAUGAGGUAUCGAUUGGCGUCUCCUCCAUCAAGAUCCAUCCUAGCUACAGUGACAGCACCUUAAACAACGACGUCGCCCUUCUUAAGCUGAAGAGCUCUUUCACAUACAACGAGGAUGUCCAGCCUGUCUGUGCCCCAGAUUGGUAUGAAGAUUUCGAUGGAGUAUACUGUACCGUCAGCGGAUGGGGAACCCAGAGUUCAGGCGCCAGCUCUCUGCCAUCCAUCCUCAGAUACGUCAAUGUUCCUGUGGUCAGCAACUACAGAUGUGGCCAACAGUACGGAUCUAGCCAAAUCACCGACCAGAUGAUCUGCGCUGGUUUGAUCGGCACCGGAGGCAAAGAUUCAUGUCAGGGAGAUAGCGGCGGGCCCCUCGUAUGCAAGGUUGGAAACACAUUCCAGCUAGCUGGUAUCGUGUCCUGGGGAUACGGAUGCGCUGACCGCAACUACCCCGGCGUCUACACCAGAGUCACAGAGUUCCUGGACUGGAUUGAAAACAACAAAAAUUAAUCGAGUAUAGAUGAAAGACGUUGAUCUCUGAUGGG